CAAAACGAAAUCCGCGUUACUGGUCGCUUCACUGGGGACCAUUUGAUAGAUACUGUACGCGUCAUGGAAGGUUCUAGUCGCAGCUCGUCACUGUACAGUCGACUACAAGUGCAAAACAGCUCCUGACGAACUGGACUGAAGUCCCUUUGGCGGGAAGAAAAUGGCGAAACUUGCGAUGGUGGUGGAAAGAACCCUCCCCCCCGACCCUCUCUCACUACGUGCAUUGGACCUCUAGGCAUAUCUGUCGUGAACACCACCCACCGCCCCACAUAGGCUUCGUUGCUUCUGUCAGCCUCGCCUCAGAAGCAUUCUCCACGUGGCACCUGGCAUUCUCCACUUGGCAACUGCUCACUGGACCGAUCUCCCCAUGGCCCCCGCGGCGGACCCCUCUCCGCCAAGGAACGCGCCCCCACGGCCGUCUGAUGCGGAGGCCUCCGCUGCACUGGCGGAGUCCCUCCCGCCCCCGCCGCCGCCCCCGCGGAUCCAAACCCUAGCGGACUUCGUUAAAGUGCACGAAAUGCUGUUACUCGCGACGGGCCUGCCUCGCGAACUCUACCCGCGGCUGUUCGAAAAGAUCAUGGCGGAAAGAUUUGAUGCGGGGAGUAGAUUCGCGAUCGAGGAGGUGGAGGGCGGGCGGCAGAGGCGCGUCGUGCUGACACCUGGCGGGCAGGGAUUGGAUGCGAAGGGUGACGUGUUCUUAGUGGAUCACGCGUGGUCGUUCCGCUUGGGCCAGGCGCGCGAGCAGGCACGUCCUGGCGGGGAAAGGCUGGAGACAGUCCCCAAGCUGGCAGCGCGGAUGGCGGCUCUCAUGUGUGUAGGGGGGGAGGAGGGGGGGGAGGGGGAGGGGGAAGGGGAGGGACAGGGAAAAACGGAGCCGGAAGGGCAAGGGGCGGGGGGGAAUGGAGGAAACAAGGGCGCAAAUUCAGUCGAUGAUAUUAUUUUGCGGGCAGUUCGGGCAGCUCUGGAUGCUCGAAACCAAGGAGGAGAGGGGGAGGGAGAGGUGGAAAGUGAGUCAUCUCGAGAGGUGGAAGGAGGGUUGGAGGGAGGGGUGGAGGGAGGGGUGGAGGGAGGGGUGGAGGGAGGGGUGGAGAGGGAUGAGGAGUGGUUGGAGAUGGAUGGGGAGGGCAUAGACGAGGAUAUGCUGGAAGCCAUGAAGCUACACGAACGCUUCCCUAACCUAGUGGGUCUGAGCCUCUGGGGCAACCGCCUCACAGAUGCUGCUCGGGUGGCCUCCAUCCUCUCUCCCCUCGCCUCUCUCAAGGCCCUCUGGCUCAACGACAACCCCUGUGUUGCAACAGAGCCCUCUGCUGUCGCUCUAAGGAACACUGUCCUUGCAUCCCUUCCCAACCUCGAGCUCUUCAACCGCCACUUCACCCGAUGCUAUUCCACCUGGGCGCUGCUCUUCGCUGCUGACGUGGCAGGCCCUCAUUGCGCCACGCUGGCCGAUGACAUGGCAGCUGCUGAGCUGGCGCGGUUGACGGAGAUUGAUCUGUCUGACCGGGGGAUAGUGGAGCUGAAGCAGGAGGUCUUCUCCGCAACGCUCCUCCCCAACCUCGCCCGCAUCAACCUCUCUCGAAACCCGCUUCCACUCUCCCUCCUCGCCCCCAUCGACGCCUCUCGCUCGUCCGUGCUGCUGCCCCUCGCCUCCCUCCCCUCACUGCGCUCCGUACAAAUAGACCUGGAAGGCCCAUUCCCCUUCGAUCCGUACGAAACAGCCCGCACUCUCCCCCACCUCUCCUCCCUCAACGGCGCUCUGCUCUCCUCCUUCACCCGGGGAGGUUCCUGGAUGUUCCCCCGCCUGCCAGCCUGCCAGCCCGGCACGCCAUUGGUGGAUCGCGUCCUGCACGCCAUGUGGCGCCACGUGUGCAGCUACAAGCUCGCGACUGAGACCCAGCUGGACGAGUCUGCUGUGUGGUACGUCAUGGACGAGUUCGGCUCUGCGUUCCGCCACAGCGACCGCCCCAACUUCCGCUGCUCGCCCUUCCUCUUCCUCCCCGACGGCUCAUUCGCCUCUGCUGUCAGCUACUCGCUCGUGUGGCCAGUUGCAGCAGUGCAGCCGGGUGAGGAGUGCACGAGGGACUUCCUCGCUGGGGUGGGUGAGGAGCAGCAGCGGUCGGCCAAGCUAUCCGUGUGGUUCCACACGCCCUCGAGCUUCUUUAAGCAAGCCUACGAGCAGCGCAUUGUCAAGUUCGCAGCAGCAGCUGCAAAGCACGCUGAAGCCACCACUCUCCUUGCCACUGCUAAAUCUGACAAUAAAGGGGACAAGGAAGCGCAACGAGGGGGAAGUGGAGCAGCAGAGAAGAGGGUGUAUCGCGUGUUCACGGAUAUUCCCCAUGUCACGGACAACCUUUCCCGCCCCGAGUUCGCAUUCGUGGACAACCCCAGCGAGGCAGACAUUAUUUGGACGAGCAUGCAGGUGGACGAUGCCUUCAGGGAGGCCGCGGGGCUCAAGGAGCGGAGGGACAAGGGAGGGGAGGAGCCGUUUAUCAACCAGUUUCCGUUCGAGGCGUGCAUUGUGAUGAAGCACCACCUGGCCAAGACGAUUCAGCAGGCGUAUGGAGGCACGCGUCCCUGGCUGCAGGACACGUACGACAUGCAGUGCGAGCUGGCAGCGCUCAUAGGGUGCUUCCUGGAAAGGGAGGUGGCAGCUGCAGCAGCAGCCGGGCAGAAGCUGAUCGCGGGCUAUGAGGGGGGUGCUGAGGUGGCUAAAGGCACUGGAAGCAGUGAAGAACCAGAGCUCGAUAACACGUGGAUCAUGAAGCCGUGGAAUCUCGCCCGCAGCAUGGAUGCAACGGUGUCACGCCACCUGGCGCAGAUCCUACGGCUGGGAGAGACUGGCCCCAAGGUGUGCCAGAAGUACAUAUCGCGGCCUGCGCUGUUCAACGGGCGGAAGUUCGACAUGCGCUUCAUCGUGCUGCUGAAGAGACUCAAACCUUUGGAGGCAUACCUCUCAGAUGUGUUCUGGGCUCGCAUUGCCAACAAGGCGUAUUCUCAGAUGGAGGACUCGCUUUCUGAUUUCCAGACCCACUUCACUGUCAUGAACUACAGUGGCCACAAGUAUGAGCAUGUGCCAACGCACGAGUUUGUACGGGCAUUCGAGCAGCAGCACAAUGUGACUUGGCAGUCCAUCGACCAAUCGGUGCAGAGAAUGCUGCGGGAGCUCCUGGCUGCUGCCGUUACUGUUCAUCCCGAGAUGCAGCCAGAUGGCGACACCUGUCGAGCCAUCUACGGCGUGGAUGUGAUGCUGGACGAUCAGUUUCAACCCAAGCUUCUAGAGGUAACAUACUGCCCAGACUGUACCCGUGCGGUGACUUACGAUAUGAAGAGGGUUUUCCCAAGACCCAGUUCAGGAGGCAACGCAGAAGCGGAUGAAGAAUCCGAGUGGUUGCGACCCAAAAGCUUUUUCAAUGAUGUUUUUGGAUGCCUCUUCCUUGGGGAAACCCGUAAUGUGAGACGCCUGUGAUGUGAGCCCUUCCAUCUAUGUAUGUGCGCGAUGUAAAACGUGUAAGGCAAUACGAAAGGUCGAUGUUAGAAAUGUAACACUAAGUAGAGAAGACUCAUUGAAUGUUGAC